AUGCUCAACGCCACUACUUCCCUACCUGCGCGCGUCGCUGAGCCCAUCAUCGAAGCGACCCAGACAUUGUCCGACCGCAAGAUGGGCGCAAUGAAUUCAUGGAUCACGCUCUCGCCGCCUGAUUUUACCUCCAACCUUACAAUCGGUGAUUUCUACCUGCUCAGCUGGGAGUCUGAUUUGACGAACGACUUUGCUCUGUAUGCCCCCAGUGCGGAUGCCAAUAGCGUGGACCUCUGGAUCACGGACUACAAUCUUCAUAUUUACUCUCAUCUCAUCGCUGCCCGACAGAACCUCAACGUUAUCACGUCCCUCUCUUGGAGGGUAGAAGUCCCUUCAGAUGAACUCCUAGACACGAAUCAAUGGGUCUUUAGGUGGUUACCACAGGGUGUCAACUAUUCCGAAACCUCUGAGCAAGUUUCUAGUCCAGGCUUCUUACUGCAGAACCUCACCGAAGCUGCUACUGCGACGACCAGCAGCUCUAACAGCACUGCCACUCCCACUGUCAUCACUUCCUCUGGAUCUUCUACAUCGGUCACUGAAACCCACACAUCCUCCGGAACAUCGGGGGUUACGACCUCACGUGUCGGGGCAGGCGGCGCGAAUAGCGCCACAACCACACCUGAUAGCUCUACAGUAUCCCACGGCCUGUCUACGGGCGCGAAAGCUGGCAUCGCCAUCGGUGCCAUCAUUGGUGCGGCAUUCCUGCUCGGAGUCGGGUGGGUUUUGGCACGCAAAAUAAGGAAUAAGAACGGUGACGGCACUGGGCAGGCGCUGCCGACUGGAUCGAUAGACCACCAGGAGAUGAAAUCGGGUGCCUAUAUGCAGCGGCAAUAUGUGCCGACUACCAAGUCGCAACCUCCCGUCUCUGAGCUCGACUCGAGUCUUCCGAGGCCAGUUCCUGCGCAUGAGCUCCCGGCACAUUGA